AGACGCUCGAUGGAUAAGUGCCUCUGUGCCAGUACUUCUUGUUGAGUGGCCGAACCUGUUCCAUGUUACACUUUAAACACCCGCGGCAAAUCCUCUCGUGUGAUAACGCGUGAUAAAUUUUCCAGUAGCGCAGAGAACUUAUCGUCAAACAUUUACAGUUUGCAAAGUGAUGAAGUGCCGUGCAGUGCAACUGUAGAGUAAUUAAUAGAGAUAUGAAUAAUAACAAUAAUAAUCAAUUCAAGCCGAGCAGCGAGGAUGUGGAGAAGGGCCACGCGGCGCCCCCACCUGCCCACGGAGCCGAGCCGCACUUAGCCAGGAGGGGCUCAGCAGCGAGCGAGGUGGGCAAGCAGAGCACAGUCUACUGCCGUGUCGCGAUCGUAGCGGUCGGCUUUGUGUGUCUUGUGGCGAUCGUGACGCUCCUGUGGUACUUCAUGGGCUGGAUCUGGGGCCUGCAGGCGCUCCUCGUGGCCGUGCUGGUCGCCUUCGCGGCCAGCGGAGCCUGGCGCUGGUUCUACAUCGCCACCAUCACCGCCCCGCGGGACAUCAAAGCUCUCUUCCGGUACAUUCGGCUGUUGUGGCUGGUCAAGAAGUUGCAGCGACGCAACGCCACCGUGGCGGACGUCUUCGCCGACCACGUGGCCAAGACGCCGGACAAGUCCUGCUUCGUGUUCGAGGGUCGCGAGUGGAGCUUCCGCGAAGUGGAUGAGUUCUCGAAUCGCGUGGCCAGCGUCUUCCACUCGCACGGCUACAAGCCGGGCGACGUCGUGGGACUUUUGCUGGAGAACCGGCCGGAGUUCGUGGCCAUGUGGCUGGGAUUGUCACGCCUGGGCGUCAUUGUGCCGCUCAUCAAUCACAACCUGCGCCAGGCUUCGCUUCUUCACAGCGUCACAGUGGCCAAGUGCAAUGCGCUCAUCUUCGGGGAGUCACUCAUUGAAGCCGUCGAGGAAAUCCUCCCAACGAUGCCAUCAACAGUGUCAUUGUAUCAAUUCAACGAUGCCGCGAAUGGACAAUGCCAGAAUACCGCCAAGGACCUCACGAGUCUCAUGCUGGCCGCCUCCAAGGAGGCGCCGAUGGCGCUGAAGCCCAGCCAUCACGAUCAGUUGCUGUACAUUUACACCUCGGGCACGACUGGACUGCCCAAGGCGGCCGUGAUCACGCACUCACGCUACAUCUUCAUCUGCGCGGCAAUUCACUAUCUGGCGAACUUCCGGUCGGACGACAUCUUCUACACGCCGCUGCCGCUGUAUCACACGGCCGGCGGCGUGAUGAAUGCCGGUCAGGCGAUCCUCUUCGGCGCCACAGUGGUGAUCAGGAAGAAGUUCUCCGCCAGCGGAUACUUCCCGGACUGUCAGAAGUACAAGUGCACCGUGGCGCAGUACAUUGGAGAGAUGUGUCGCUACGUUCUGGCCACGCCGCCGUCGUCCUCGGACAGAGCACACCAGGUGCGAUUGGUGUUCGGCAAUGGAUUGAGACCACAAAUUUGGCCACAAUUUGUGGAGAGAUUUGGCAUUCCGCGAGUGGCGGAGUUUUAUGGCGCCACAGAGGGAAAUGCGAACAUCGUGAACAUCGACAAUACGGUGGGAGCGAUUGGAUUUGUGUCCAGAAUCAUUCCUUCGGUGUAUCCCAUCUCCAUCAUUCGAGCAGAUCCGGCCACUGGAGAUCCCAUUCGUGGUCGCAAUGGCCUCUGUCAGCUGUGCAAGGCUAAUGAGCCGGGAGUGUUCAUUGGGAAGAUUCUGCCGGGCAAUCCGUCGCGUGCCUUCUUGGGCUAUGUGGACAAGAAGGCGUCAGACAAGAAGAUCGUGCGCGACGUGUUCAAGAAGGGCGACUCGGCCUUCCUCUCAGGUGACCUCUUGAUUGCCGAUGAGCGGGGAAAUCUCUUCUUCAAGGACAGAACGGGAGACACUUUCAGGUGGAAGGGCGAGAAUGUGUCCACGAGCGAAGUGGAGGCUCAGGUGAGCAAUGUGGCCGGAUACAGGGAUGCGGUGGUGUUUGGCGUGGAGAUUCCCGGCCUGGAGGGACGCGCCGGCAUGGCGGCCAUUCUGGAUCCUGAGCGCAAAGUGGACCUGCAAGCACUUGCCGAUGGUCUGCGCAAAGCCUUGCCAAGCUACGCCAGGCCGCAGUUUGUGCGUCUCCUCACGAAGGUGGACAUGACGGGCACGUACAAGCUGAAGAAGCUGGACCUGCAGACGGACGGCUUCGAUCCGGACAUCGUGAAGGACUCGCUGUACUACCUCACGCCCAAAGGCCAGUACGAAGAGCUGACGAAGGACAUCCAUGCCAAAAUCUGUUCCGGAGAGAUGAGGUUCUGAGCUCGCGCGGCUUUCCGUAUUUGACUAUCAGGCGCGCGUGCGCUGAUCGUAGGUGUACUUUGUGAUGUGUGAUAAAAUGUUACUAUUUUAUGAGUGUACAUAAUCCUUUUUCUACAUUUAAUCUUAAGUCUUUCGGAAGGGUUGAAGUGUUUGCAAUUUUAGGACAUUUUCUGAGAGAAUUAUGUGUAAGAAUUUGUUACAUUUUAUACACUGCAAUUUAACUUUUUUUUUUAGAGGAUGACAAUUUAUUUAAAUAAAUAUUUUUCAGUAAACACAAAGUUUCAAAAGUGUCUUUAUUCGAUAUUCAACACUACAUUCUGACUUCCAGUCAGUGCACAACUUGGACAAUAAGGCAUUACAAUUGUGAUAAAACUACCACUUCUAUUGAAUUACUUUGAGUGAUUGAGUGUGGCAAUAGCGUUUAACUUGAUUAAAUUACUCUCUUCUUUAGAGAAUCUCUUACAUACUUACAACCAACGGCAACCAAUAAUAAAAUAAAGCAUAAAACUAGAAUAUAAACCAAAUAUGCGUUCGCUUUGGAUGAUUUCACAGCAUUUCCUCUUUUUCCAGCGA